AAAUAGCAGCAGCACAGUGUAAAAAUACUCCCAUCUCAAAGGAAAAUAGCAUUUCAAAUAGCCUGCUGCUUCCAAGAGCUUUCCAAACAUACCUAAAAUAUCCAAUACGGAGGUUUAACCGCAACCGUCAGUGGAUCAAUUACUAAAAGUCAAAGAGAUUUUUUUGUUUGAAACAUGCAUUUUAUUUUAAGUCCAUCCAUCAUAGUAUUUUAUUAUGUGAAAUCUUCUUAUGUGAAGCAAGAUUACCACGACAGGUAAAUCUAUAAUAUUUCUAUAAUGUACCGUUAGGCAGGAGACAACAAGUAGCCUACUACAAAAUUAAGUUAAAAAAUGUAAUAAUAAUUAAAACUUCAACGUUUUUGAAUCUAAAGCCCAAAAAUCCCACCUAAACCCCUCUGAAUUUGCACGUUAUAUCUUGUCCAUUAUUUUACACGUUUACUUUAAAACCCUCACUUUUUAACAUACCUGUUAUAAACUACACUGGUUCAGGUUUUCAAAUUCUUUUACUUUUUGCUAAUGUCCUUGCUUCGAAAUAAUAUUUUAUAAAUAUAUAUUAUAAUGAAGCAGUUGUCGUAGAAAUGUUUUUAUGAUACCAUGUCUUAUAUACCAUAGUGUACUUCCAGCAUAUAGAAUAGAGCAUUAUGAGCUGUACAUUAUAGCCACUGCAGUGUAGCAUCACAUUCAAAGACAUUGUUUUAACAGCAUUUCAAUAACAAUAUUACAAUGGAUAAUAAACACAUUUAUCAUAGAAAUCUAAAACAUUUAUUUUCUCUCCACAUUUAUCUCAAUUGUAACUCCGACCUCUAAAUAACCAAAUAAAACGUGCUUGUUUCAUCUUGUUGGGGUCAUUUGUGUGCUCUCCCUUUCUGCCAUGCACCUCUCUUUCAAUAAUUUCUUGUAAGUACCACAUGCCACGUCAAUAUUGUGUUGUGUUUAUUGAUUUCAAUCUAAAUCAUUAUUUCCCUCAGUUAAAACGCAACUGUCAUUUCCGUGUCUAAACAACUGCAAACGCACAAAAAAGUCACUUCAAUCCAUAAUGAAAAUACUCAGUUCUGUAACAUUUCUAGGAAAGCAGAUAAUGAAUUUAGCAUGUUGUUAUAUAUACAUUAUUGUUCAUAUCAAUUAAAGCUGUAUGGACACUUAUGGGCCAAGACUGAGAUGUUUUCUUUUAAUACUCACCCACUGACAGUUUAAUAUAGCAACAGUGAGACAGUGUUAUGUAUUCUAAUAACUAAUAUUUGAAUACGUAACUACUUAAUUGUUCCUCACAUAAAUGCCCGUCUACAAUCUCCCCUAAAUUUAUCUUUUUGGUUUUCGCUUUUGAAGUCAAGGAAAAAGGAGUUACAUGAAAGCCACUAAUGCACAUGUCACGAGUAGCGUGCCUUUCCUCUUCUCACACACUCCACCACCACCACCCUUCUCAUGAACUAUCAUGUACGUAGGCAUUGUCAGAGGUGCUGUGGAAUUAUGGGAAACAAUCAGAUGGAGGAUCUCUCAUCUACGUUGCUACCGGAGGCGUUUUGUGAUCUCACCGUUUCCUGUUUCUCGCACCGCUUCUCUGAAUUUUUCAAAGAACUGACAACUCUGACACACAAGCUUCCGGCAACACUUCAUUUGACUCAACUUAAGAGGAAAUCUACAUAAGGCUUGAAGCCAGAAGACAUCAUCCUUCAGGCUUUUAUUGGGGUGUCCUCGCCGGCUGAGGAGUAUUUUGGCGAUCAUCUAUCUUUAAAAUUUUUUUUUUUUUUAUGAAUACUAUCAACGAACACAAAGUUGAUAGUCAAAUUCUUCACAGUCUACACUUUCACCAUGGAUUUUGUCUUGGUAAGUAAAAGAGAUCGGGUGUUUUAUUUGAAUCCUUUUCCCGGUUGCUUCAGAGAUGAUUUUGCUUCUGUGAGGAGGUUUUACGUCAUCGUCGCUUGUUGUUUAACUCGGCGGCUGUCUCUGUACUUCUGUGACCAAAAGAAGUACAUUAUUUGCUGAAAACGGUCGGUUAGAGGCAUUGUUUGAAAUUGAAAUGCUUAUAUUAAUUUUGAGAACUUCUGAUGUGUAUAUUCUUGGGUGACCUAAAUCGUUGUAGAGCAUCGGUGACUCCUGUGAGAGAGACACACACAGAAUAUACGUGCAGUUCCUCUGAUGGUUUCCGACUUUGAGAGUUAACAUUAAGGCAAAGCACGCUGUCCGUGCUUCUGCAAAACACAGAGGUGCUGGUGUUGAUAAGAGGAGUCAAGUUAUAUGUGGAUGAGUAAAGGGAUUAAAUAGGCCUUUUAAUGGCAUUCAAACCCCGGAGAAGCAAAGUCUAAUACAUUUGCUUGAUUAUUGAGAUCAUCUAGAAUACAGUUUAAUGUACAGAUUGUGCGAUUAUUUGUUUGGUCUCUAGAAAAUGAGCAAAUCUACUGAUUUCUUGAUUUUUUAAUCAAUUUUUUUCACUGUCAGAAAAGACCAACAGAAAACCUUUGCAUAUGAGCAACUCACGCCACAGCCUUGUUGCACUUAUUGUUGAAUUCUGAUCGGUUGACCAAUAAACUAAUUGAAUAAUCGCUUCAAAUUUAUGAUUUAAAUAUAUUAUCCAUGCCUAAAACAAAUAAGGGCUUGUUUCCCAGUGACCACUAAACAACAACAACCACUGGCCACCCAGUUACAUCGAGCUGUCAGCGGAUCCCAGCUGAUAUUUAGCUGGAACUUUAGAGAGGUGACUCCAGUUCAGGAUUCAUUAUAAUUGCUUUAGGCAUCCAUUUGGAUAAACUUCUUCCAAUGACUACCGGUUGGAAAAAGUAACAUUUAGCUGAGUCUCACAGCUGAGUUUCUAUUUCAUGCAAGACAAUUCCUCAAUCUCCUUUCCUAAACCACAUGAAGCUUCAAUGGAAAGACGAGCUGGGCUCAUGAAUAUCAGAAAUGUCUCGGGGGUUGACAAUUAGUCCAGUUUAAUCCUCAUCAAUAUGCAUAAGAGAUGGGUUGCGUCACAUUUCUCGGGCCUCAUCCAACAUAAAAUUGUCAAAACCUUUUUUGAAGAGUGUUGACAAUAGGUAGAUGAAGAUGUGACCGGGGCGCCGGACACAAUAUUGUUUAAACCAAGGUUUUUGAUUGCUGACCUUUCAAACUGUUAUUAAUCCAUAUUCAAAAUUGUCUCCAAGAUGGUUGAGAAAGAAGCCAAAUCUUAGAUAGACAAGCAAGACUCAACCUGAACAUUUGAUAACAUCUGCCAAAACUAUUCUCUCUAUUUUCAAAAUUGAACCAAUGCACAUUAUUGUAAAGGUUUGAUUUGUCUCUUUUCCCAUGCAAUGAAGGACUCGAUGAAGCACAUUGAGUCAUGUUUGAACUACAGCUGCUCUUUUGUAAGACAGCUGCAAGUGGCAACGCAUCACUUGUUAGCAUCUUCCUAUCCACACACAUAUGAAACCUUGUCUUUUGUUACAGGUAAUGAUGCUUGCUUACAUUUUCACUGGACAGAGUAAGAGUAAGUUUACAACACUGAAAUGGGAUUCAUGUUCUGCAGAAUGCCCACCUGGGUCGCAUGCAGAUGGAGCUUGUGAUUAUCCAGUCGGAACGUACAAAUGUAAAAUGUGCACCGCUUCCACAUUCACAGCAAUAAAUAACACUGCAAAGAAGUGCCUGAGGUGUAGCACCUGUCAUUAUACUGCGGAGGAAAGAAAGCCCUGCAACGCUUCCAGUGAUGUGGAAUGUGGCUGUAAAGACGGAUACUACAUGGAUCCUCACGACAAGACGAGGUGUCAGGAAUGCAACUGUAGGUACUGUGAAGAUUCUGACGAUAAAAGCAUGUGCCAGCUCUGCAAAAAGUGUCAGAAAGCUGCAACCGCAUCUGCAUCUGCAUCUACAGCUACGACCAGUGGACCCACAACUUCUAACAACAAAUCUGGUCCUUCUAUGCAUCCGAUUCCAGCAAACCUGAAUCAAACCUCGUGGGUGUUGCUCGUGUCGGUUCCGGUGACUCUUCUGUUGUUCCUUUGGCUGCUGCUGCUCCUUGCCAGGAGCACGGUCAAAUAUCCAGACAGUUGUCUCUGUUGGGGUGUUAACAAAAACCCGGAGCCGCCUCUCGAGGACCCCGACUUCAACGAACAAAGCAGUCCUCCAUACAGCCACCCCAACACUCUGACAUUAUACAUAUCUGAGAAUACUCCCAUGAUGACUCUCAGCCACAGUCCAUCCGUGCUUGAACAUCCAGUCCACAUCAGCCCACUAGACCACGAACACAAAGCCACAAGACAACGCGAGCAAUCAGAUCGCUGGCCUGCCAUCGUCCUCUACGCGAUUAUCAAGGAGGUGCCCUUGCGUCGGUGGAAGGAGUUCUUGCGCCUGCUCUCGUUGACUGAUCAGCAGCUGGAGCGCGUGGAGCUGGAGGCCGGUUUGGGUCUGGGCUCCAUGGAGAGGCAGUACCAGAUGCUGAGGCUGUGGAGUCAGUGUUCCUCCGCUACCCUGAACGAUGUCUUCUCCGCCUUGCGCUACAUGGAUUUAUCGGGCUGCGCCCAGCAGCUGAAGGAAAACCUGGAGAAGCAGCAGUUUGCAGGCCUGAACUGAAGCGAGGUUCUUGGGCCUGCAGGAGUUACAGAGACAGCAGUUUCCACGGGACGUUGCAAGACACCCGGGGCCACAGUUGGAGACAUCAGUGCUUCAAACCGUGGACAAGUAGUCCAUGUAAAGGACGUUUCUACCUGGGGUUUCUGCAUAGUGUAACCAUAAAAAACUGCCAUUAUGUCACAAAUGUCUCAUACUGAGUACUAGAGAUGUACGUUAGAAUCAAGAGUUCAAGAGUUGAACGACAGCACUGAUCAAUCUGGAGAUGCUGAAUGGCCCAAUUGUGGUAUUUCCUGUUGUCCUACAUAUUUUGAUAUUUGUAUCAUCAAAUGGACUCCAGAUGAGUGUAUAUUGUUUCCUUCUUGAGUGCUUAUCUGGUUGCAAUUUAUUUUUUACCAACUGAAUGACGCCUAAAAUGCAGAAUGUAUUAUUAGAUUUGUUACCAUGCAGAGUUGCAGGAGUGGAGAAGUGUCUUCCUCUGAGGCAUGUAACAACAACACCAGUAGCAUUAUUAUAAAGGAUAUCAUGCCGUGUUACUUCACAGGUAGAAAUGGCUGAAUCUAGAAUUAAAAAAGAGGGGAAUCCUGUUUUAUUAUUUUGAACUAUCAAGACAUCCUCUAGCACACUACUUAACCUCAGCUUCUCGUGUGCCGUGUCAACAGUUCAGGGCUGUGGUUUUAAAGCAGAAUGCCGAGAAGGAAAGUGGUGUUACUCUGAUUGUGUAGGUGUGCAAGAAGGGAGUGGUGAAAUUGCUACUUUGAGUAGCAAGUUUUUUUUUAUACCUCCGGAGAUUUAUGCCUAUUCUUAGCAAGUCACAUUUAAGACUCCUCUUGACUUUGGGUAUUUAAACUGAGUGAAUAGUUUAUUGUACAUUGGGUGUUUGAGGAUCUUUUUCUCCUUUGAGAGUGAAAGUACAGUGCAGCAACUCAGCUAGUCAUUCUUGUUAAGCACCCUUAUAAGGCAUGACUACUGAAAUCCCCACAGGUACGUCAGAUUUUCAGUUUCCCGCAAACAAACGGUGUCAAGGUGCAGUAGGCUGGGUUUUUCCUCACCACAUUUAAUCCAUCCAAACUGAUGGUUUCCGGUCGUGAGGCCGGGGUAUCUCACUUUGAGAGUUUCUGUGUGUCAAUUCACUUCUUGACAGUAAAAGACUUUCCGCUAAAGGAAGUUUAUUAAUGAAUGUUUGAAUAUGAAUUUCGGGUCAGUGGUCUGUGACUUUGAGCCUUGAGACAUGUGUGUGUGUGCACUGUAAAAAAUGUCACGGUAAAUUAACGGUAUUUUACUGGCAGCAAGGACGCCAGGAAUUUACCGUUUUUUACGGUAUAAUACCGUAAAUGUUUUUUAUACUGUUACCGUGAAACGGAUUCCUGUAUGUUACCGUAAACUUGAACCAAUUUUACUGUGAAUUAACUGCCAUUUACUGUCAGUCAACGCUAGUAACAUAAUGUUUUAUUUACAGUGCCCUACCGUAAUAUACGGUAUGUUGUCGUAUAUUGGAUUACAGUUUGUUACCAUACG